AGCGCUUCGACCAUCACUGCCCCUGGGUGGGCAACUGCGUGGGGAAGAGGAACUACCGCUAUUUCUACCUCUUCAUCCUCUCGCUCUCCCUCCUCACCAUCUACAUCUUCACCUUCAACAUCGUCUACGUAGCACUGAAAUCUCUGAAGAUUGGGUUUCUGAACACGUUGAAGGAAACCCCAGGGACUGUACUGGAGGUGCUCAUCUGUUUCUUCACCUUGUGGUCGGUGGUGGGGUUAACGGGGUUCCACACCUUCCUGGUGGCACUGAAUCAGACAACCAACGAAGAC